CGGUGAGAAUGAAGUGUUGACAGCGGGAUCACAAAGUGCUGCUGCUCGAACAAACGCAGGGAAAAUGCCGAUUUCUUUUUCAUACAUAACUUAGUUUGAGUCUUGUAAAUGUACCCGGACAUGAAGGACGAUUUGUUUCCGCUGCACUGAUUCAUAAGACCAGACGAAACAGGAGCGAAGCGAGGAUGAACUCAGGCAUGUACAAGCCGCCUCUGGCCCCUAAACCAAAGCUGGUGCAGCCCCAGAGGCCGGGGCUGUCUCCCUCAACCCCCAGAAGAGAAGGCCUCUCUAUCCCUUCUCCAGGCACUCCCAGAAGGGUUAAACCAGUAUUGGCCCCUAAACCCUGCCUCUCCAAACUCACCAGCGCUGUGGAAUCCAAACCUCUCAUUUCAAAGAGCCUGCACCAAACAUCUGUAACAGGAAACCCUCGGACCGUCGGUCUACUGAACGGCCAAAAUGGAAUACAGCAAGAAAACAAAAAGCCAGAUUGGGAUUAUAUUAUUCCUAUUUGCUUGUGUAGCCAGGAAAACUGCCAGUGCAUCAGGAACACAUCAGCAAGCAGAGACAAAACGGAGAAAGUCUUGAAAACACUGCACAAAGGUAAAGCUGAAGAAAACAGGAAGCUUCUCCCUACAUCUCAAGGUGUGCCUGCACCCACCAAUACCCACCUCACUAACCAUAAACCUCUACAAGAGAUGCUUACUUUGGACAAAAAUCUCAACACAGACAUCAGUACCUCAAGUCCUGUGGUGAGAGUUAGGCCGUCUCUUCCUCACAGAACAUGGAGCGAUGAGGUAAAUGGUAACGUGAUACCUCAGAGUGCACCUGGGCGAGGACCAAAGGAAGAUGCUCUUGGCUCAGAGCAAAUACUUAGUGUGCCCCAGAGCAAACCAGUCCCAGCAGCCCCUAGGAAACCCGUCCCUGUACCACGGAAACCCAAGACAGCUGUUCUGGUUGGUCAGGAAAAGGUGGAGAAGGACAGGGAAGAGAUUAUAAACCAGGAAGGGAGGGAAAUGAACGUCAAAGAGGUGAGGGUGUCAUCAGAGAGGAAGGACAGCUCAUCCCUGUCUGUCAGUGUACCUGUUAGUGAAAACAAGCAGCCAAUUGUUCUGCCUCUGAGAAAGGCCUGUGCUCCACCAGCCCCUCCACCCAAGAAAAAGCCUUUUCUGUCUGCACCUGAGAAAGUGCCAACCUCUGCUCCUGAAACACUGCCAAAGGAUGUGGAUGAGGAGGAUCUGGGUUGGGACAUCAGCAUCUAUGAGAUGGAGAUAUCAGUGGACAAGGAGGAUGAAGAGGUGGAGAGGGAGAUGGAAGGAGAGGAGGAUCAGAAGGCGGUCUACAGUGACCUCACACGUUGUCCUCCUCAUAACAGUUUGCUCAGUCACCCACAGAUCAGCCAGCCUCCUGCAUACACCGUGGCACCACAGGAUGGAGUGGUCAAGGUGCGUCCAACGAAGCCACAGAGACACAGCAGCCCCAUGCCGUUCACGCAGAGACAGGACUCCUCUGAGGAGACAGAAGAGGGGAAAUUAGGAGAUAAUGGGAAACGACAGGCCCUUCCCAGACAAGAUAGUGUUUUUCAGGACAGAGUGAUGAGGGAGCUGCCUUUGCCUCCAGAUGAGAAAACAAGCAGAGACCUCUUAACAGCUGGAAUCAAGCCUUUGCGGGGCAGCUUGGGGAAACAGAGAGCCAAGUCGUUCUCCACUGCUGACCUCACUCGCUCUGAAGGACAGAGGAGAAACUCUUUCCGGAAACUGCUGGACUUGAAGCUCUCAGUGAAGAUGCUACCCAAGCUGAUAGUAAGAGGAAGCCAGAGCCCCGACUGCACCGGGGAUGAUAAUGAACAAAGUGUGGACAAGGACCAAGAAGCAUGUCAGAACUUCCCAGAGAGUCUCAGGGCUGAACGUAAAUUCUCCUGCCCUCUGAUUGGAGUAGAGCAAAGCGUGGAUGGAGAUGAUUGUUUCCCUGGAAUAGAUGAGGCUGUUCACUAUGAGAACGUUCGUCAUUAUGAGGAGAUACCAGACUACAUUAACGUUCACGUGGGGAAGGCGGGGUCAUCUUCUCGGGCCUCCCUCUCGCAGCCCUCGGCCUGGGACAGCGAAUUGUAUAACGAUGAGGGCAUUUACGAGGAGCAGGAGCCAUAUAUGUCCUUCGAGAAAAACACUGGACACCAACAGUGUCAGACACCUACAGACUAUGAAAGAAACUCUGCCAAUGAGGAAUCUGCACCCCUGGGUGAUGGUCCCUCGGAUGAUGACAUCGCGGCCAACAUCUCGUCCUCAGAUGAGGAGGACAACGAUAGCAGCUCCAUCUCAAGUAAAGGAGACCCUGAGCAGCCGGAGGAGAGUACGACGCAGAGUGGAGAGAAGAAGAAUAAGAUUCACCACAUCGCUACCGAAAUCAUGUCCUCCGAGAGUGUGUUUGUUGAUGUCCUGAAGCUGCUUCAUGUUGACUUUCGGGAUGCAGUGUCUAAAGCAUCUCGUCAGAACGGGAAGCCUGUGAUUGAGGAGCGUCUUCUCAACCAGAUCCUUUACUACCUCCCACAACUCUACGAACUCAACCAAGACCUGCUGAGAGAGCUGAAGCAGAGAUUGGCCAAAUGGGAUGAGAAUGCACAGCUAGCAGACAUUUUCCUGAAGAAAGGGCCUUAUCUGAAGAUGUACUCCACUUACAUCCGCGAGUAUGACAAGAAUGUGGCUCUACUGGAAGAGCAGAGUAAGAGAAACCCAGCAUUCGGAGCUGUAGUACGGGAAUUUGAGACCGGUCCACGCUGUGCCAACUUGGCUCUGAAGCAUUACCUGCUGAAGCCUGUUCAGAGGAUUCCUCAGUAUCAGCUGUUGUUCACAGACUAUCUAAAAAACCUAUCUGAGGACUCAGAUGAUUACAAGGACACACAAGCUGCCCUUGCUCUUGUAAAAGAGGUGGCCAAUCAUGCCAACGACAUCAUGAAACAAGGGGAUAAUUUCCAGAAGCUGAUCCAGGUGCAGUGCAGUCUGAAUGGCCACCAUGAGAUAGUCCAGCCAGGGCGGAUCUUCCUGAAGGAGGGUUUCCUGAUGAAGCUAGCCAGGAAGGUCAUGCAGCCCCGAAAGUUCUUCCUGUUCAAUGACACUCUGCUGUACACCACUCCUGUUCAGUCAGGCCAGUACAAGCUCAACAACAUGCUGUGUCUGGCUGGGAUGAGGGUUAGCAAACCAAGCCAAGAGGCCUAUCAGAAUGAGCUGAACAUUGAGAGCGUGGAGCGCUCCUUCAUUCUCUCUGCAAGUUCAGCCACGGAGCGAGAUGAAUGGCUUGAGGCCAUCUCCACAGCGAUCAGUGACUAUACCAAGAGGAAGAUCAGUUUUAUAUCAGGAAAACCUCUAGAAGAGGUGGAACUGAGCGAUAGUGGUGAUGGUGCACCUUUGGGAUCCAAAGCCCCAAUAUGGAUCCCUGACCCGCGGACCACCAUGUGUAUGAUCUGCACCUGUGAAUUCUCCCUAACGUGGAGGAGACACCACUGCCGUGCAUGUGGAAAGGUGGUGUGCCAGUCCUGUUCCUCCAACAAAUACCGUCUUGAAUACCUAAAGAACCAAUUAGCACGAGUGUGUGACCAGUGUUUCUGUGUUCUUCAUGAGCAGACAAAUGAAAGGUCUCUAUCAUCAGCUGUAUCCCCUGGAAACAGAGCUGCCUUCGCUUUCUCCAGGAAGCAGAAGAAGAUACCUGCGGCACUCAAAGAGGUGACAGCAAACACAGACAACUCAACCAUCAGUGGGUAUCUGCAGAGGUUCAAGGGCAAUAAGAAGCAGGGGAAGAGGCUGUGGUUCGUCAUCAAAGACAAAGUCUUGUACACGUAUGCUGCAAGUGAGGAUGUUGCAGCCUUAGAGAGUCAGCCCCUGUUGGGAUUCAUGUUGAAAGAAGAUUCAUCUGAGACGUUACAGUUUAAGCUCUAUCACAAAAACACACUUUACUACAUUUUUAAAGCUGAAGAUGAACAAACAGCCCAGAGAUGGAUCAACUCAUUCAAAGAAGCCACUGUGCUUUAAUGCCUUCAGACCACGUGUGAAGUUAUUCAACAGACUUUCUCACCCUUGCCUGAAAAUGUUUUACCUCAGUGCUCUCUGAAUACUGCAAAAAGUAUCCAGAGGCGCCACGUGAAAUUACAUACAUACAAAGUAAUGUACUGCUUUCAUCAGAUUUACCUGAGUUUACAUUGUUUUUAGAGCACUCCUGUGAAGGUAGGAAUGAUCCAUUUUCAUUUUUGUAUGUUAACAUGAAUCUUUUCCACCAGGUUUUAUGUAGUUUUGGCCACAGCUUAAGAAUGAUUCCACAAUCAUCUGUAGCUUUUUUAGACUUUUACGCUUUGAUUUUGUUGCUACAUCUUAAUUUAUUUGUUUAGUAACCUGCUUGGAUCUCCAUACCACAGAUUUGUCAGUAAAAAAACGUUGUCUAUAGAUUUGUAAUAAAGAUAAUUUUAAUCCACAUGUACCCAAUAAUAGUCAAAACAAAUCAUGUUGAUGUUUUCUGUUGUUUGGGAAUAAUUACUUGGCUUCAGAACACACAAUGUGCACUCUUCAUGCUUGUAGAAGAAAACUUCACCUUACAUUAGUAAGCCUUUCUGUAACUUUGAGUCUCACCUUAAGUCUUAAUGGUGUAUCAGGGGAAUAUUCACUGUUUGGACAUACAGUAAGUGUACUUUGACAUAAUUGUACCAUAAUGUGUUUUGCACUUGAGUCACUCAAAUGGCUGUACAUAGAUUUCAUCCCUACACACAUCAUUUGUAAAUAUAGAUAAUUGUAAAUGAAAUGUUAUUAAAUGUCCAUGAAUCUCAUUUU